AUGCCUCGCAGAUCUCGUGAUUGGGAGUUACCUCACGGUUUGGGUGGGUUCAAAACUGGUGAAGGUGAGGUCGGUGGACCCCAAGCCAGAAAGCGCAAAGCACAAUUGGACAACGCCAAUGACAACAAGAAACUCAAGAACAUCACCAAAACCUCAAUUGACCAAGGCAGCAAGCGAAAGUACGAUGUUUCCCCAUUUCCUACUCACUCCAGCCCAACCCAUGAAGAAGCUGUCAAUGUCGCCAAUUUGCUUGUGGGAGAACAUGGAGCACCCUAUGAACCCAAGGAACUUCCCCCAGCUUCAGAGGAAGUUGCUGGAUGUGGCAAUGUAUCAGAUGUCACGGAAGCGACGAUGAGAACAUUGCUCAGUGGAGCCGUUACCAUGGGAGCAGCCAACAAUAUGUUGGUUUCAUUGAUUGCUGCAUUUCCAGCCCCCAAGGAUUCAAGCUGGACUAUUGAUUGGAAAUUCAUCCGACAAAGUGUCGCAGAGGAGCAGCUUGAUCAAAAGAAGCUCGCAAAGGUCCUUUCCUCUGGUGGUUUGCAAAAUUUGAAGGCUGGACACAUCAUCCAAGCCCUCCAAAUUAUCUAUGACGCUAACAUGUAUCGGAUGAGCGUUCUCCAAAAGGAAUUGGAUACUGGUGUUGCAACCACAGUCACAAAAGAGCACCCUGAAUUUCCAGCAUUGUCAAACCUUUCAGCAGAAAAAAAGGCUUCCAUUAUUGCUCUCCUGAAGAAAGACGCCCUUUCCUUGGACUGGCUCCACAUGCUUGACGACAAUCGCGACAUAUUGGAUGUUCUUCAGACAAUUCGGGGAGUUAGCGUCAAAACUGCCUCUUGUGUGGUGUUGUUCUCCUUACAGCGCCCAAGUUUUGCGGUUGAUACUCACGUUCAUCGUAUGUGUACCUGGCUUGGCUGGGUCCCUGAUGAUGUCCCAGGAAACGCUCCAGAGAAGACAUUCUAUCACUGCGACCUCAAAGUUCCUGAUCACCUCAAAUACCAAUUACACCAGCUCUUCAUCCGUCAUGGUCAGGAUUGCUUCCGAUGCACAGGCAAAUCUGUACCAGGAACCAAGCAAUGGAACGAAACUGAGUGUGUUCUUGAAAAGUUGUUGGACAGAAAUCUAGCUCACAAGAAAAAGGGUGUUGCUAAGAAUGGAGGUAAGGGCAAACAAGCAGGUUCAGCAUCAGAUGAGGGCAAUGAAGCAGGUGUAAAGGACAUUGAUGAUGAGGUUAAGGAGGACUCCAUGGAGCUUGUUGCAACAAUCGAAACGGACAACACAGAAUCAGCACACCCAUCGAGCGAAGAGAUCAAGGAGGAGACGUCUGAUUCUGAGGAGAAACUUGUUGAAACUGCUGCAGUUGAAGCAAAGAAAGGCAGAAAGAGAACACGAAAGGAUGACGAUGAUGACGAUUACCAGGAGACGAAGCCUUCAAAGAGAGCUAGACUUUCGGCAGGAAAGAAGGUUGGAUAG